UCUCUUCGCUCUCGUUUCUCUAUAAAUAACCCAUCCCAAUACACCUGUUUAUCCAUCCAAAAAGAGAAGCAAAUCUCAAGUCUCCAUACGUUAUUUGAAGUGAUGGCAUUGUCAAGCACUGCUGGUAAAGUCAUCAAGUGCAGAGCUGCUGUGGCGUGGGAAGCUGGAAAGCCACUGGUGAUUGAGGAAGUGGAAGUGGCACCACCACAGGCUAAUGAAGUCCGUGUCAAGAUCCUCUUCACUGCUCUUUGCCACACCGAUGUUUACUUUUGGGAGGCCAAGGGCCAAACACCUCUAUUUCCUCGCAUAUUUGGGCAUGAAGCUGGAGGAGUUGUGGAGAGUGUGGCGGAGGGAGUUACCGAUCUCGAGUCGGGAGACCACGUUCUUCCGGUGUUCACUGGGGAAUGUCGGGAAUGUCGCCAUUGUCAGUCGGAGGAGAGCAACAUGUGCGAGCUUCUCCGAAUCAACACGGACCGUGGAGUGAUGAUCAACGACGGCAAGAGCCGAUUCUCCAAAAACGGACGCCCAAUUUACCACUUUGUGGGAACCUCAACGUUUAGCGAAUACACUGUUGUCCAUGUCGGGUGUCUCGCAAAGAUCAACCCCACAGCCCCUCUUGACAAGGUCUGUGUUCUCAGCUGCGGAAUAUCCACAGGCCUUGGCGCCACUUUGAACGUUGCAAAGCCCACCAAGGGCUCCUCUGUUGCUGUUUUUGGACUUGGUGCUGUAGGCCUUGCUGCUGCUGAGGGUGCAAGAAUUGCCGGGGCCUCGCGGAUCAUAGGCGUUGAUCUUAAUCCAAGUCGAUUCGAGGAAGCCAAGAAGUUUGGUGUGAAUGAGUUUGUGAAUCCAAAGGAUUAUGACAAGCCCAUCCAGCAGGUGAUUGUUGAGAUGACUAAUGGAGGAGUUGAUAGGAGUGUUGAAUGCACUGGAAGCAUCCAAGCAAUGAUCUCAGCUUUUGAAUGUGUUCAUGAUGGUUGGGGUGUUGCUGUGCUAGUUGGUGUACCAAACAAGGACGAUUUGUUCGCAACUCAUCCAAUGAAUCUUUUGAACGAAAAAACUCUUAAGGGUACUUUCUUUGGCAACUACAAGCCCCGUUCCGACAUUCCAAAUGUCGUCGAACAAUACUUGAACAAGGAGCUAGAAUUGGAGAAAUUUAUCACUCACUCGGUCCCAUUUUCUGAAAUUAACAAGGCGUUUGACUAUAUGUUACAGGGACACUCAAUUCGAUGCAUCAUUCGAAUGGAAGAUUGAGUUUGUCUUGUUGGUUUUAAAAAAAAACAUGUUUCUUUUUUGUUUGUUUUCUGAGAAGUGUUUUUCCUCUGGUUUGUUCUUUGUAUAAUUGUAACUGCAUGAGUUUUUUAUUUUUGCUGUGGAGUUUCGUUGUAUAUUCAAGUGUUUGGCUGUAAAUCGUAAAUACAGUUUGAUAUUGAAUAAACUACUCACUUAAUAUUA